AUGAUGUCUACUGUACCGGCCUUUCCCUUUGCUGAACCGGGUUUUGUUAACCAAUUAUCGGAUUUCCAAACCGGAUUCACUCCUUGGGAAUUUGACUGCUCCGAUCUCUUCUCUGUGAUUCAGUCGUCUCUCGAACCGGCCAUACCGAGUCCUUGUUCCGAUGAAUCCGAAACCGGUCUCGUCAGAACUAAUACCGGUUUUAACGAUCUAAAAUCCGGCUCUGACGAAUCUUGUAUCGGUUCCAUCAAAACGAACUCUGGUUCAGAUGAUUCUGACUGUUUCCACGGCGUACCAAGUCCUCAAUCCGAGGAAUUGGACUCGGAAAACACGAGAAUCCGGAUAAACGCUACAGACCAUAACCGGAAGAAAUUGAACCUUCCGGAGAUAACCGACGACCGUAAGAGGAAGCGGAUGGAAUCAAACCGAGAAUCAGCGAAGCGGUCAAGGAUGCGUAAACAGAGACACAUUGAGAAUUUACGAAACGAGGUAAACCGGCUCGGUUUAGAAAACCGGGAACUCGGAAACCGUCUCCGUACCCUCUUGUACCACAUUGAACAAAUUAGUACGGACAACAGUCGGCUUUUGUCGGAACAAGAGAUUCUGAGACGAAGAUUCUCGGAGAUGAGGCAAAUCUUAAUGCUCAGAGAGCUUCAGCGUCAGCAACAGUGGGCACGCGAUCAUCAAAUGAUAUGA